AUGAAUAUAGGUUCAAAGCCAUCAUCGGAGUCACAACUCAUGAGUACAUUGCUAUCGCUAGCUUCUAACGGUGCAUUUCCGGAAAGAUCUGGACCAAUUGUUCAACCUAUAGUACAACCAGAAAAGCCCGUAGGGAUGGGCAUGAUAGAUGACAGACCGCAAAAUUUCAAUUUCAUAUCUUUCCAACCUAAAAUACCUACAUGUAAUACUAAAGAACCAAUAGUAUUUAGUCCACCGGCAGUGAUAGCAAAUCCAACUUCAAAUAUUUUAUUCAGCUCACCUAUUCCAUCUGCGUCGGUUGUGCCCAUACAAUCUAUACAACCUUCUGCUGUAUCAGCACCAAUAUCUCUUAAUAGUUUUUUUACAAUUCCACAAGGUUCCAACGCUGUACAGAGUUAUGGGAAUGUAGUUCAAAAUUCACCUACUGUAUGGCAAUUACCAAAGCUCCUAAAUGAUGGCCACAACUAUGUUCCUGUAAAUCCGAUCACAUAUACAGAAGCGAGUCCCCUUCCCAUCAAUUUACAGAUUAGUCCUCCUUGUUCAAGUUUACCGGAAAUCAAUACUAAUUCUGGUUUGUUAGAAAUUUUAAGCAGAUCAAAUCUAGUAGGAGUCCAAGAGCCCAACGUCAUAACAAGUGAAGGCGAUAACAACGGCUUUCCAUUAAAUCUCCAAAUAAAUCUGCCCUCACAGAGUAUACCCGCACCAAGAAUAACUGUAGUUUCUGCUUCACCACAACCAGUAGCCAGCACAAAUACAGAAGAACCAGGUCUUUUCCCACCAUUUGGAUUUUCGCCACCUCCGCCACCACUGAUUAUGAGAAAAUCAAGAUCAAGUUGGAGGAAAAUAUUGCCAAUAAUAUUAAUAGCUUUAUUCAGUGACCGUGGCUGUUGUGGUGGAGGCUGCUGCUGCUGUAAUUGCAAUCCUGAUACAGAUAAUCCAAUACCGAUUCCUUAUCCUAUACCAAUACCCGUUAACAAUCCUAUUAUUAAUAAUUCAAAAUCUUCAUGCUCCUCUCGUAAACGAGGGCAUAGAGACCAUGAAGAUAAUAAAACAAAG